CUGAGUUUGGUCUCGAGUCAGAUGGAACAAGUAACGUACAGUUAACGGCAUUCGUGGAUAUUAUAAGAGAUUGGAACAGAACAAUAUAACUUUCUAAACAGGUUUGCCUCUGUUCAACCAGCGGUACGAUUUAAGCAAAGUGUAGCCUUAUUGCCACGUGUUAUAAUUUCGUUUCGCGAAAGGAUGAGUGCCGUAAUGGUUUCCUCGCUACUGAAUGGGGGAGUAGAAAGCGGUGGAAUUCCCGUGGAGCAUUUGGAUUAUGACUUCAUCCAGAAAUGCAGUGAUGUGAAGUAUCUGGAAAGGAUUGUGAUAGUGUUGAGGUCUGGGCAAGAGGGUCUAUAUCCCCAUCUCACAGAGUUCUGUGAGAAGCGCAUAGAAAAGCUGAACCCAAAGAGCCAUGCUAUUCGCAAGGCCAACCUUCCAGCCACAGCUGCCAGUUUCUCAGCUGAUGAAUGGAAUCAAAUCACUGAAGACUUAAAGAUGUGGGAGAGAGAAGUCAAAAUGAACGAAUUGGAUCUCAAACAGAAGCCCAUUUCUACUGAUACGAAGAUGCCACCGGUCCGUAGCUCGAACGUCUCUGUUGCUCUUAAACAGAUGUUUGACAAAGAAAAUAACACACGCAAGAAGAAUCCUGUUCCACGGAAUUACAGUGAAUGGGACAAGUUUGACGUUGAAAAGGAAUGUUCUAAAGUUGAUGAGGGCAUUAAAGAACAGAACUCUCCAACGGCUGUAAAUCACCCUCUGCCCAAAAUCAGCCGGAAAAUAGACACAGAAGUUUUGACGGUCACAGAGAAAGCUGUCUUUGCCAAUUGUGAAAAAGAGAAAGGCAAUGAAGCGUUCAGAGCUAAUGACUUUGAAGAGGCUGUGGCGUAUUACACAAGGAGUCUGUCGGUAAAGCCGACAGCGGUGGUGUACAACAACAGAGCGCAAGCGGAGAUCAAACUCGAGCUCUGGCACAGUGCACUCGACGACUGUGAGAAAGCUCUGGAGCUGGAGCCGGGCAAUCUGAAAGCCCUGCUGCGCCGGGCCACCAUACAGAAGCAGCUGGGCGAUCUUAAAAUGGCUGCUGAUGACCUGAGGAGAGUGCUUCACGCUGAACCACAAAAUGCAAUCGCAAAGAAACUUCUCGAAGAAGUGGAUAUGGUGGAGGCUGCCACUCCCUCUGUAGACCAGAGGAAAGGCACAAAAAUGCUUAUACAGGACGUGGAAGAUGAAGAUGAAGAUGAUGAUGAUGAGGCCGCUCCAGCCCAAGCCAGCCUGUGUGUGGGGGAGGAGAGCGUCGUGGCUCCUGGUGAGACGGGAGACAUGGGGAACGCGCAUAAAAAGCCCCCCGGCAGAGGGGACGGGGCCCCCCACGGUGAGCACACCCCCCAGGGACACUGGCGGGGCAAGAGAGGCAGCUUAGACAAGCACAGGGGGCAGGAGCCCGCCAAAAAGGACCUGGCCAACGGAGCUCAGGGCGCCGGGAGCGGCGGAGCGGAGAGGAACGGAGACGCCAGCGCGGGCUCUGGAGGGGACGACAGCAGGCUGGACGCCCCCUGCGGAGCGCUGCCCCCCCCUCUAGCCCGGCUCAAAAACCACGGGAACCAGCUUUUUAAGAACGGACAGUUUGCCGACGCGCUGGAUAAAUACUCCCAGGCUAUCACCGGCUUCACAGACUCAGGCAUUGACAGCCCGGAGGAUCUCAGUAUUUUGUACUCAAACAGAGCUGCCUGCUACCUGAAGGAUGGAAACAGCACAGAGUGCAUCCAGGACUGCACCAGAGCCCUGGAGCUCCGGCCCUUCUCCCUCAAGCCCCUCCUGCGCAGGGCCAUGGCUCACGAGUCCCUGGAGCGCUACCGCAAGGCCUACGUGGACUUCAAGACCGUGCUGCAGAUCGACAUGAGCGUGCAGUCGGCCCACGACAGCGUCAACAGGAUCACCAAGCUGCUGAUUGAGCAGGACGGCCCCGAUUGGCGGGAGAAGCUUCCGGAAAUCCCGUUGGUUCCCCUAUCGGCUCGGCAGCACCGGAAGGAGGAGCCGCCCAACGCCGAACUCGCACAGGCCCGUGCAGCCAGAGUUGCCCAGGAGACAGCGCGAAAAGCAGAGGCCCGUUUUGCUUCCACGAAGCAGGAGGGGAACGAUUGCGUGAAGAACAGCCAAUUCCAGGAGGCGGUGGAGAAGUACAGCGAAUGCCUUAAGCUGAAGCCAGACGAGUGCGCCAUCUACACCAACAGGGCCAUCUGUUACCUGAAACUGGAGCUGUUUGAAGAGGCCAAGCAAGACUGUGACUCCGCCCUCCAGCUGGAGCCAUCCAAUAAGAAGGCCUUCUACCGCCGGGCGCUGGCCUACAAAGGCUUAAAGGACUACCUGGCCUGCAGCUCGGACCUGCAGGAGGUGCUGCAGCUGGACCCCAACGUUCACGAGGCCGAGCGGGAGCUGGAGGAGGUGACGGUGCUCCUCAGGCAGAGCCUGGCUGCUGCUGCUUCGCCGGCCAAACCAAGGAAGAGUGUUCCCAUCACGGAGGUUGACGGCAGCGAGGAUGAGGCGGACGUGGCAGGCAGGGAGCAGGGCCCUCAGGCCGCAGGAAACGACUGCGACGGCGAAGGCUUCAGAAUCCCCGCCCAGCCGACCAACGCAUACGAGUUCGGACAGGCCCUGAAUGCGGCACGUUCCCGUGGCGACACCGCCGCCUGUGCAGAGCUGCUCCAGACCGUCGCGCCCGAGACUUUGCCCCAGUACGUGGGCACCAACCUGGAUGGACACACUGUUCACUUCCUCAUGCAGGCGCUCGACGGACACCUUCUUCAAACGGACCCCUACCUAGUGUACCAGCACCUGAGUUACCUGCACACAGCAGAGAGGUUCUCGAUGGUCCUCAUGCUUUUGGACAAAAACGAGCGAAGGCAAAUGACUCAGCUGUUCGAGCGCCUGGCGGUGGCGGAGAACGGGGAGUUCACGGCCAACGACGUGCAGAACCUGGCGAACAGAUACAUCUGAGAGCACAUGAGCCGCCCUCCUGCAUGCAUUCAUAAGAAAAGGGUCUAUGCAAACGGUCCCAGUCCACUGUUAAAAAGCUGCACCACGCCUAUAAAGCAAUGUACAUCCAAAUCUCCAAGCAAAAAGGACCUUGCGCAACAUAGGGAGUUCACAACUCUGGGGUUUUCUCACAUCCACUUUAUAUGUGCAUUGCUGGUUUAACUUCCGUUGUAUUACCGUUGAGAUCUGGCAGCAUAUGAACAUUGCACCCAAGGUUUUAGCUUGCUGAAACCCUCGGGAUUGUUAACCGAAAGUCCUCGAUGGCCAUUUUAGCUCGAGGAAGGUUCCAAAAUGGACGAACAGCAGCGCUGUGCUCGGGACCAUCGAACGUGCCAGAAGUCUGCCAGCAUCAUCUCGCCGAAUGCAAUUAGCCCCAGACUCCUCCUUUAUAUCGCUCCCUUUGACAAGCCCUGCUUUAUAAUCACCAUCCAUGCAGGCAUGGCAGCGUCUUCCUGAACUGAGAGCAGCCUGUAUCCAUGUCCAGGAUGAAAGGGAUUUCAAUGCCGGGGUUGAACAGAUACUGCAAUGCAGUAUACCAUCUUCUGUACACAGAGUAUACAGUACAUAUCUGUAUGUUAGGGAGUAUACGUGCUGGUUUGUAUAGUCUCCAUGCACCAAAUUCCAAAUGCGAGCUAAGGGUGAAUUGCUUGCUGAAGAAAAACCUGCUUAUUUCCAUGUCAGUUAUGGUUUGAGGUCCUACUUAAGAGUCCACUUUGCACUAUUUUGAUACGCAUCAAUUUUUAUUUCCUUCCCGACCCAUACAGAUUAAUAUGUUAAUGCAGAUUAUCUAGUGGCUCAUAAGCGCAGAAUUCCUAAUGUUGUUGUGCAAAGUUGUUUUUAUUCCUUUAUGUAAAAAUGAGCUUGGAACUCCCCCCCCCUCCCCCCCUCCCUUCACAAACAGAACGACCAGCUGCUUCGGAAAUCUCCCAGCUCAUCAUUUGACUACCAAACACAGAAGAGUCAAGGACAUCGCUCUCUGGGCAGUGAGCACCUUUAACAGAGCAAUAUGCUAGGGCCUGUUGUGCUGCCUGACACGCGUGUCAGAGAAGCUGCAUCUCUGUGGGUUGUGUGCCUUCAAAGCUGGAGUCCACUACAGGUCUUCCUCUCAGGGUUCCUUUGGUGUAUAGAAUGUGAUCCUUUAGAAAAGUAUGUACAGGGUUUUGACUAGAGAGAAAAAUAUUUAAUUUACGAGUUUUUUUUCAGCUUAGGAUCUUAACUAAUGUACUUUUGCUUACUUCAGGGAGAUGAGCUUGCAGAGGCCAAUGUCUGGAGCAAUAAAGCGCAUGUGUUCAAUAGCUUUCCACCAUUUUGUCCAUCAGUUCAACCGCUUUGCUUUAACAUUAUGUUUCAAUUUCUUUACCACAAGAUGUAAAAGGCAUUUUGAGAGAUUUGAAUGAGUAAUUAUUUAUGAAUAAAAAAUGGCAAACUUA